AUGUCACGUGCUUCGCAUCGAUCUGCGUAUGGUGGAAUUGUACUUUCUGGUGCAAUACCCGUCUAUAUUGAACCUGAUUAUCAUCCUGAUAUUGGAUUUCCACUAUCGGUAAGUGUCGAGGCGAUUGAAGUUCUACUCAAACAACAUCCUGAUGUCGUUGCUAUUCAUUUAACUUCUCCUAAUUAUUAUGGUGUUAUGCCAGAUAUAGCGGCUAUUUGUCAUCUCGCUCAUUCACAUGGAGUAGCACUUCUUGUUGACGAAGCUCACGGCUCGCAUCUUGGCUUUCAUUCGGAUUUGCCUCAAUCAGCGGUCUCUUUAAGAGCAGACAUCAUCGUACAUAGUACACAUAAAACACAAGGUUCUCUUACACAGUCAGCGAUGCUGCAUGUUAACGACAAUGGUUUUGUUAAUCUAGCACGCAUAGCACAAGUACUGCCGCUUCUGCAAAGUUCUUCGCCAAGUUCAAUUUUGCUUGCUUCAUUAGAUGCGACUCGUAUGCAAAUGGCUACAGAAGGUCGUGAGCGUUUGUCAAUUGUUAUUGCUCUUGCACGAAAAGCACGCGAUGCUAUUCGACAGAUGAAUGGCUUGUGGUGCUAUGGCGAUGAGUUAGUUGGUGUCAAUAACAUUUUUGCUUUUGAUCCAAGUAAACUUAUCAUUCGUGUGAGCGACGCAGGUUUCAGUGGCUUUGAGGCCAGUUCUCUUCUCAGACAUCAAUAUGGAAUCGAAGUGGAAUUUGCUGAUGUCAAACAUGUAAUCUGUUCAAUUACGAUAGCUGAUACGGAAUCAACUGUCGAUAAAUUACUCGAUGCAUUACAUAGUCUGACUAGACAAAAGCAUCCGAUUAUUGAUCAUGAUGGUUUUUCAAUCAAGCCACCAGAUGGUCUGCCACUUCCAGCGAUCAACUUACGCGAUGCCUAUCUUUCAACCAAAACGCGCACCAUUCCUCUUAAUGAAGCAGUAGGACAUAUACUAGUAGAGAAUGUAAUACCAUAUCCGCCCGGUGUUCCACUACUAGUGGCAGGUGAAAUAAUGGAACAACGUCAUCUAGAUUAUAUGCGUUAUUUGAUUGAUAAAGGAAGCACCAUCAUCGGUAUGGAAGAUUUAUCAUUACAAAUGAUUCGCAUAUUAGAUGCAUAA